AUGCACGCGGACGACGCGCCGCUCGAGACGCUGGAGAACCCCGGGUCGCUCGAGCUCGACGUCGACGCCGCGGGGCGCGCCGCGUCCGCGAAGCGACGACGCGCGCGCGCGACGACGUCGAAGGAAACGAACGACGACGACGACGACGACGACGACGACGCGAGCGGGUCGGAGUCGUCCGACGACGACGUCCCCCUGUCGCUCCUCCCCGGCGCGGUGUCGUUCGACACGAAGGACGGCCGCGCGCCGAAGCCGGUCUCGACGCGAUGGAGACGCCUCCGCCCCUCCGACGGGCUCGCCAUCGCGCGGAUACCGCAGCUGCUCGUGUCCUACGACUUUCUCCUCGCGAAGCAUCGCGAGCGCCGCGACCCGCGCGUCCCGGUCACGCACGUGAACCACUGGCAGCGGCUCACGACCGCGCAGUGCGACGUCAUGCUCGAGCACGCGCGCAGGCUGGCGAGCACGUCCCAGCGCGAGAAGCGAGAGGCGGUGAAGCGGGAGGGCAAGUACAAGGAGAGUCCGUUGAAUUCACACUGGUUCCCAUACGACCGCGUCGGCGUGGUGAACGCCGAUCCUUAA